AUGCCUAAAAGAAAGCGACUAUUACUUAAAGAUAAAUUAAAAAUAAUAGAAGAACAUGAAAAAGGUGAUUGUUUAGUUGAUUUAUCAUUUAAAUAUGGAUUGCCAAAGUCAUCGUUAUGCACCAUAAUAAAAUCAAAAACAAAACUGUUAAAAGACAUGGAAAAAACAAAUUUCGGAUCAAAACACAGAAGAGCAAUGAAAGAGGGAGAAAUUCCAAAAAUGGAAACGGAAUUGUUUAAAUGGUUUCAAGACAAGCGAAAAAUGAACGUGCCAAUAAGUGGCCCUGUUUUACAAACUAAGGCAUUGGAAAUUCACAAAAAGUUUUACAGUGGUCAAUUUAACGCUAGCCACGGCUGGUUUUCUCGAUUUAAAAAACGCUACGGUAUUCGUUUAAUGAAAGAAAGUGGUGAGAAGCUAUCAUCAAAAGCAGAAUUAGUCGAGCCUUUUCUUUUACAUUUUAAGGACUUACUUGCACAGCACAGCAUUUCUAAAGAUGCUAUAUUUAACGCAGAUGAAACCGGGCUUUUGUGGAAAAUGUUACCGGACAAAACCUAUGUCCACUCAAUUAAAAAAAAGGCUCCGAGAAGAAAAAUGUCGAAAGAGAGAGUUACUGUGUUGCUGUGUGCAAAUUCCAGUGGAACAAAAAAGAUAACUCCAUUAAUGAUUGGAAAAUCUGCGAACCCAAGAGCUUUUCGAAAUAAAACGUUGCCAAUAAAAUAUGAUCAUUCUAAAAAUGCAUGGAUGACAUCAUCAAUCUUUAAAAAUUGGUUUUUCAAAAUUUUUGUUCCAGAAAAAAACUUACCACAAAAGUCGGUAUUAAUUCUGGAUAACGCUCCUUGUCAUCCACCAGAAGAUGAAUUGGUGAAAGAAACGUGCGAUGGCAAAAUUUGGGCAUUAUAUAUGCCCCCAAAUGUGACCGCAUUAAUUCAACCAAUGGAUCAAAAUGCCAUAAGGUUGCUUAAACUUCACUACAAAAAUAGCCUUUUGUCCAAAAUUAUAGCUUGUGAUCAAGAAAACAUUUUGGAAGUUUUGAAAAGAUUAAAUUUGUACGAUGUUGCUACAAUGGUAGCUCAAUCUUUUAAAUCGGUUAAUGAAAAUAGCCUCAAAAAAUGUUGGAAUAAGAUUUUUAUUCCAAGUGUACAGCAUUUUGAUGAAGAGGACGAAAUUCUCUUACAAAGAUUGUUACAGACUGAUGAAGAAGUAGUGUCACUUUCAAGUGGGAUACAACUAUUGAACCAAAUUUUUCCAAAUAAUAAUUUAACAGCGGAUGAUUUAAACCAAUGGAUUAAUGAUGCUGAUACAGAUUUUGAUGAGAAUGAAACCAGUGAAUGUGAGGAAAAUGAAGAAAAUGAUAAUCCUUUCGUGGUCGACAUAAAAAUUAAACAUACAGAUGUAAUUAAACAUUUGGAGGAAUGCAUUAAAUGGGGGGAACAGAAUAAUAUUGAUGUUUCAAAGAAAAUAGUACUUAGAGAGAUCCAGGAGGAGGCUAUUCAACGCUCUCUUAAAUUGCCGCAAAAGCAAACAAGUAUAAAAAAUUAUUUUAAAUAA